AUGAAACAUGGGAUCGUGAAUGUAAUAGAUACACUACCUCUACUUAACGCCGACAUCGAGGUGGGAGGUGCAUCCAUUGCAGCAGCAUGGAGGUCCCGUGUCACUGUUGCCGAGCGUCCUGGAGCUGCCCCUGGUGUCGGUGCUGGGCGGGGCGCAAAGGCCAUUGCGGAUCUGGCCUCACAGGGCCCUGGUGGGGGGAUCAGGUUGCUUUUCAUCUGGGCACUGCCUCUUCAAUCUACCUACUUCCCCCAGCCCUCCACCUACCGACUGACGGCCGCUAUUACAGACUGGAGAACACCGACUUCAUCCGGCGCCAACCUACCGAUUAUACGUAACAACUCGAUCCUGCCAUCAUACUUGUCAACACCCAUUCGGUCCGCCGACUCGUCUGUCCCGUGGAAGCGACUUGGGAAGCAUGCGUGA